AUGAAUCCAGUGCGUUGUCGUCAACUAAAAAUUGCUCUUUUUUCAUCGUCAUUUGCUCUGAUAGUUUAUCUUGUUCGUCGCUAUCGUCGAUAUCUUAUAUUGAAAAAACGACAAUCUCUCGCAACUCCACGAGAAGAACCUUCCACUAAUGCCAUUCCAUCAUCAUCAAUCAGAAAAACAAUCAAUAAACAAUUUUUGCAUCAACUUCGAGUACUUGUUGGAAUUCUUAUACCACGUUUACGGAGUGAUUCAUUCUUUUUAUUAAUUGCACAUUUAACAACACUUAUAACACGAACAUUUCUUUCAAUUUAUAUAGCACAUCUUGAUGGUGCUAUUGUAAAAUCAUUAGUACAAAGAAAUCCACGUGAUUUUCUUCGUACAAUUAGUAUUUUUCUAGUUUUUGCUGUUCCAGCUAGUUUUAUAAAUAGUGCUAUUCGUUUUGCAGAAUCUAAACUUGCAUUAGCAUUUCGUACAAAAUUAACUCGCUAUGCAUAUGAAGCUUAUUUUCGUAAUCAAACCUAUUUUCGAGUCUCAAAUAUGGAUGGUCGAUUACUUACGCCAGAUCAAAAUUUAACAGAUGAUAUUGAAACAUUUACAUCAACAUUAACUCAUCUUUUUUCUCAUUUAACAAAACCAUUUUUUGAUGUGGCUGUUAUAUCAUGGUCACUUAUUUCAAUGGUUCGAUUAAGAAAACAAGCACGAGGUCUUAAAGAAGUUCCUGCUAUGUUAGUUGUAAUCAUUUCGGUUACAUUCAUUGCCCUUCGAAAACUAUCACCUCAUUUUGGUAAACUCGUCUCUGAAGAAGCCAGAAGACGAGGCAUACUUCGUUUUGCUCAUACAAGAGUUAUUGCUAAUGCUGAAGAAAUAGCCUUUUUCGAUGGCCAUAAAGUUGAGAAAAAUUGGAUAUUAAAAUUAUACGAUCAAUUACGUGAACAAACAAGUGGAAUGAUAUUCAUUGCUAUACCUUUUCUUACAUAUGAUGGACCACCAGAAACAGAUGAUCCAGUUGGAGAUCCACUCGGUAUUAGUACACGUACAGAAGCAUUUACAGUUAGUAAAAGUCUAUUAACGUCCGGUGCUGAUGCACUUGAACGUAUUAUUUCAUCAUAUAAAGAAAUUGCCGAAUUGGCAGGACAUACAAAUCGAGUUUAUACAAUGCUUCAUGUUUUUGAUGAAUGUGCUCAUGAACAUUAUCAACGAACUCCAAUAACAGUGAGUGAAGGUCAGCAUGAACAUUCAUUAACAAGUGUAAAAAGAAAACUAGCAGCAAAUCAACGAGCAGAAGGUCAAAUCAUCGAAUCGGAAGGAGAUAUUAUCGUCGAAAAUGUACCAAUCAUCACACCAAAUGGUGAUAUCAUUGUUGAAAGUCUUUCCUUGAAGAUCACAUCAGGUAUGCACGUUCUUAUCACUGGACCGAACGGUUGUGGUAAAUCAUCAUUUUUUCGAAUUGUUCGUGGUUUAUGGCCAAUUUAUUCUGGUCGUCUUCAUCGGCCAGAUCCAUCAAAUUUUUUUCUUAUUCCACAACGACCGUAUAUGUGUCCAGGUACAUUACGUGAUCAAAUUAUUUAUCCAGAUACAAUUGAUCAAGCAUUUGUUGAUGAUAAUAAACUAAUGGAAAUUCUUAAUAAUGUUGAAUUACAAUAUAUUGUACAACGUGAAGGUGGUUUAAAUGCUGAACGUGAUUGGAAAGAUAUUUUAUCUGGUGGUGAAAAACAACGUCUUGGUUUAGCACGAAUUUUUUAUCAUCGACCUAAAUAUGCUCUACUUGAUGAAUGUACAAGCGCAGUAUCUAUUGAUGUUGAAGGUACAAUAUAUGAACGAGCAAAAGACUUAGGUAUAUCAUUGCUUACCAUAACACAUCGACCAUCUCUUUGGGCUUAUCAUACACAUUUACUUCAAUUUGAUGGCGAUGGUCGAUGGACAUUUGAAUUAUUGAAUACAGAAAAACGUUUGACAUUGAAAGGUGAGAAAGAACGUCUUGAAGCACAAUUAGCUGGUGUUCCACAAAUUCAACAACGUUUAAAUGAACUAUGCCAAUUACUUGGUGAGGAUACAAUGACAAUAGAAAAUCAACAGUAUGACGAGAUUAAUGAUGAUUGA